UAGCUCUUUCUUAUAUAAGUUUAAACCUGUUAAAUUUAGUUUUCAACAGGUGGGGAAGGCUGAUUAAAUAUAAAUAAUGACACAAACUGCUCAUGCGCUUUCAAAAACUUCGAAUUCAAUAUCAUUAUGUCCAGCAAAACAAAGGUGCAACCGUUAAGUAGAGAUUUAGUUCUUCCAAUAUCUUACAAAAACCGAUUUAAUAUUAAUGGGAAGCAUCAUGCGAAUUCAACAAAUUCAUUAGAAUUAUCGGAUUCGAAUGAAACUGUAAAUCCAGAAAAAUCUGAAACUCCGGAACGAGGUCAAUGGGGUAGCAAAGCUGAAUUCAUAUUAUCUUGUGUAGGACUAUCUGUAGGAAUAGGAAAUGUUUGGAGAUUUCCUUACCUAGCAUAUCAAAAUGGAGGAGGUGCUUUUCUUUUCCCAUAUUUUAUCCUAAUGAUAUUUAUCGGGAAGCCUUUAUAUCUAAUGGAAGUAGCUUUAGGACAAUAUUCAAAUCUUGGACCAAUGUCGGUAUGGAGAUGUUUUCCUUUAGCUAAAGGUGUUGGAGCAGCUAUGGUAAUCGUAUCCAUUAUGGUCGCUAUUUAUUACAAUGUUAUAAUGGGUUAUACUUUAUUUUAUGCUGGACAAUCAUUUCGUUCCGUUCUUCCAUGGAAUGGAUGUUAUGAUUGGUGGGGUGCAGAUAACUCUACUUGUUACGUACGAGAUAAGAAUAGCAUUCUCUGUUCAACCCUACAAAAACAGCUUAAUUUAUCGUCCGUAGAAAGUUUAACAAAUUGCACUAAUGCUACUCAAACAUCAUCUGAGCAAUUCUGGGAGAAAUAUGUCUUGAAUAUUACAUCUAGUCCCGAAGAAUUGGGUGAAAUUAAAUGGGAUUUGAGCGUGUGCCUGUUGGUUUCGUGGAUAGUUGUGUUCCUUUGCUUAAUGAAAGGUGUCAAAUCAUCAGGAAAAGUUGUAUAUUUUACAGCAACAUUUCCUUAUCUCAUCUUGAUCAUUUUGCUAGUUUUUGGAGCCACUCUUAAAGGCGCUUCCAAAGGCAUUUAUUAUUUUUUCGUACCUGAAUGGGAUAAACUAUUGGAAAUUGGAGUUUGGCGAAAAGCAGCCGAACAACUAUUCUUUUCAUUAAGUAUUUCGUGGGGUGGAUUAAUUAUGUUUGGAAGUUAUAAUAAAUUUGGAAAUAAAGUACAUAGAGAUGCAUUCUUUGUAAGUUCUUUGGAUUUUGUCACAAGUUUAAUCGCAGGAAUUGUCAUAUUUUCCGUUCUUGGCAAUAUGGCAGAAGAAAUGGGAAUCGAUAUUAAAGAUAUUGUUAAAGGAGGUCAAGGAUUGGCUUUUGUGGCUUAUCCAGAAGCUUUAGCUCAGUUAAAAGUUCCCCAGCUUUGGUCAGUUCUCUUCUUCUUUAUGUUAUUUCUUCUUGGAUUGGAUAGCGAAUUUGCACUGCUGGAAACUUUCCUUACCGCAUUAUAUGAUGAAUUGCCUAAGAUGAGAAAUUACAAAGUUCUGAUCACUUUCCUCACUUGUGCUUCUUGCUUUCUUCUGGGAUUGCCAUGUGUCACUCAGGGAGGUCAAUAUGUUCUUAAUUUAAUGGAUACUUAUGGAGGCGGAUAUUCAGUUCUAGUCAUUGCAGUUUUUGAACUUUUGGCAUUAAUGUGGGGUUACGGUGUAAGAAGAUUUUGCAGUGAUCUAGAGUUUAUGUUAGGGUUCAGACCUAAUUACUUCUGGCAAAUAUGCUGGGCUGUGAUAGCACCUCUUGUAUUAGCUUUCAUAUUUAUCUACAGUUUAACAGAACAUAAACCUAUUACUUAUGACACUAUUCCAUAUCCAGAAUGGGCUGAUGGCAUCGGAUGGGUUUUAGUGCUAAUAACAAUUUUACAGAUCCCUUUAUGGGCAAUUUACGUACUUAUAAAAAAUCGAAACAAUAUUCGUAACGCUUUCAAACCUGAACCAAGUUGGGGACCGGGAGAUCCAGAUGCUAGAAGAAGGCGUUUAAACGAUGAAAAUCCAGAAAUUGUUCUUAGUGGAAGAAAUGGCAUUGAUAAUCCAACAAUGGAUUUUAGUAGCGAAAAAUUUUAAUUUAUCUUAAAAUUUUUAAGACGAUUAGUUCGUCUUAAAUGUAUAGUGUAAAUAUUUGCAAUAUAUUUAUUGUUUUUUCAUAAAUUAUACAUAAAUAAAUCAUUUUAAAACUAUAUUCGCACAUAAAAUAUUUUAUUUUUG